AUGGAGGGUAUCAGCGUCUAUGAGAUGCACAAUAAGAUUAGAGAUGAGAUUCUCAAAUCAUACGAUGGUGAUGGAAAUGAUGAUGAUGAUGAUGAUGAUUAUGAUUAUGAGUGUAACGGAAAGAAAGCCCAACUGGCAUCACGGAGUUGGUUUCGGAGCCGCUCGAUCUCGAGUAGUGGUACUCCAAACAAUAAGUCUGGAACACCACUGACAGCUCACCAUCAACCUGGUCUUUUGAGGUUUGCAGGUAAACUCAGUUGGUUCACGGCGACCGUUGUUGAUAAGAACGAUGUGAUGAACAAUCACGGCAUGCUUCAAAGUCCAGAAGCAACAACAACCCCUUCAUCAAAGGCAAUUAUGGAAGAGCCAGCUGUACAAAAGUAUGAUUUUUCUGAAAAGAGUAAAACCAUGUCAGUUUUACUCAAUAAAAGCACCAACAUUAGGAAUGUUUAUCGAGAGAAGCUCCGUCGACCUUCGUCGCAUAUGGAACAUUCGAAUCGAGUCAUCAUUAUAAGUGGAAUCCCUAAAGACUUUGGAAUUAAUAUGGUUCUUUCCCAAGUGUGUGGAGGACCAUUAGAACAAGUGAUGAUGAAAAGUCAAGAACUGUUUAAUACUUUAAAAUUGUGUUAUAUUUUUGCAGCGGAUGCUCGGUUAUUCUAUGAAUAUGCUCAUAGAAGUGGGCAGUUUCAAUUCCAUGGGAUUACACCAUCAAUUGAAUGGGCAAAUCCUAGAAAUAUCGAUGACUAUAUAUAUUUGGAACCAUUACCUCGAUAUUUGAUUCAUCAAGUUACCAAUCUUUCAUCUCGUCGGGUCCUUAUAUUAACUAAGAAAGUUCUUCAUAAAAAGACUAGAUCAGACAAUCGGUUAUACUAUCCUAAUCCGGCCACGCACUUAUCAGUGGAUUUUGAUAUCAAAGAUGUCAAACACGACUUUAGUGCCUUUGGAGAAGUAUUGGAAAUCGGUUCAGUGGUUUCUAGAAAACUUUGCUUUAGUGUACAUUAUGCUGAUAUUCGAUCUGCCAUCAUAGCUAAAAGUGAAUGUGACACAGAAGAUAGUGUCAUGCAUAAAAAAUAUAGUCAAUGGAAGAUUUGGUUCAGUAAAGAUAUCACUGAUAAACCAUGCCACUAUUGA